AUGGAAAAGUUACGCACUGCGAUGGAUUUUUGUAUCCGCCACCAGAAGAUUCUGGGUUACAGCAUUGUGUCCCUGCUGACAGCUGCCAGCGAGUAUAUCUUCUCCUCCGUGGUCUUCAAGUGUCCUUGCAAUUCCUGGAACACCUUGUAUGGCUUUGUCUUCCUCUUAGUGCCGGCCUUCGUCCUCUUCUUGCUCGGCUACAUGAUAAACGCCAGGGUCUGGCUUUUGGUGACGGGCAGAUGCUCUCCAGAGAACCGGUGUAGCUGUGACUCCUGUGGAAACUUUUGCAAAGUGCUGAUGCCAGUGACAGCCAGCACCUUGGUGGCUCCCUUCACCUGGAUCGCGGUGGCCCUGCUCAGUGCCAGCUUCUAUGAGUGUGCAGUAAGCAGGAGCAGCUUAAUCAGAAAGCUGGUGUGCAGGGACAUCAAAGAGUACUGCAAUGCAUCGCUGGAGAAAAUACCCUGUGACAAGGAGUUGUCCAAGGAGAUAGGUGAAUUUCACAGCCUUCAAGCCCAGUCCCAGAUUGUAGGAUGGUUGCUGAUUGCCAUCAUCAUGACUCUGGCACUCAUUGCAACGUGUUCCAUCCACUGUCGCUCCCCGGUUAGCUACUUUCAGCUGAAGUUCUGGAAAAUUUACUUGAAAAAGGAACGAGAGGUCUUUGCGAUCAAGGCUAAAGACCAUGCAGCCAAGCUGGCAGAAAGAAACGUUCUUCUUUUUGAACCUGCUGACCCAGCACCAUUUUGGACUCCCAGAAAUGAAGACUGGCAGAAGAUUUCAUUCCCGUAUAGCUUCAAUACAAAAGAGCAGCAUUACAGCAUGAUACACAAGUACGUGAACACAAACAGGGGCAAGGCAUCCAGUGAAGGAGAUCAGAUUCAUGAUGUUUUAGGAUUUGUGGAUGAAGCACAUGCAAGUGAAUCAGGAUUUUGAUGAAACAUACCGUUUGUAACACUGGCAAUCUUUUAAACCUACUAAUAUGAAAAGAGUCUUAUUCUGAGCUCUUACUGAAAUCAGUAUGUAAAUAUUGCAUUUAAACCUCAGGAGAUUUUUUUUUUUAAUAAACUAUACUUUUGUUUAGGUGCAUUUAAAUAAAUACAUGGUUCACAAUGGGAGUUUUCAUAUCUUGAUGUUCAUUAAGAAAGAGUCAUGUAAAAUAACAAGGAUCCACAGCAAAGAUGUCAGCAUGUACUAUGUCAAAUUAUUUUCCAAAUGCCUUAAGAGAAUUUGGCAGCUGGAGUGACAAAACCAAACUUUCAUACCUGUCAGUAACACAGGGACAAAAAGGAAUUGAAAUUUUGACCAUAAGUUUAGCUUAGUUUAUUAGCUAUCA